AUGCCGACGCUCUCUUCUCAACACUAUGUCUUCGACCCACGACCGGAUUUUCCGUUUAGAUUUGCGGUGAAGCGACUCUGGGAUCCCUUGUCGCCUUACGUCCAAGAUGAGGACGCGUACACGCUUAUCAUGGUUCAUGGGACUGGGUUCCACAAAGAGCACUGGGAGCCUGUGCUGGACGACCUGUACGAACUUUUACCCAAACAACCAGGCGGGGUGGCAAAAGUGCGCGAGGCCUGGUGCUUGGACACUUACAACCACGGAGAUUCGGCGUUGUUGAACGAGAACGUGCUCACGCAGGGCUACGAUAAACUAUGCUCCUGGGAGGAUAUUGCCCGCGGCAUACAUCUCUUCCUCAGUGGCAAGGGCACAGGGAUAGACGUUGAUUUCAGUAAGCGAAAGCUUGCAGGGAUCGGCCACUCAUCGGGCGCGGUCGGCUUGAUACUUUCCACAACCUAUCACCCUCGGGUGAAAUAUAGCCUGCUUCACUUGGUGGAACCAAUGAUCCUUCCUGCGUUUCCUCCCGGCAUACCCAACGUUCUAGAAGCAGGCGCAGUGAAGCGACGUGACAUAUGGCCCAGCAAAGAAGAAGCAAUGAAAGCUUUCAGUAGUCGACCUUCUUGGCAAGUGUGGGACGCGCGAAUCCUUAAAACUUACGUGGAACACGGACUAACGUCACUACCCACUUUAUCAUAUCCAGAUAUCACCAAGGGAGUCACCCUCAAAUGCCCUCGUCACUUAGAGGCGGCUUCAUAUCGCGAUGGGGUAACCCGCACGCGAGCGUUCUGGUACCUACCUACCCUCGUCCAACGCUACCCCGUCCAUAUGCUCUAUGGGGCUGUCAGCGAUUACUACCCCGGGACUAUAAAGGAAGAUGUCAUAAACAACGCUGGAGCGUCCAACUUUGCUUCCAUUGUAUGGGCAGAGGGUGCAGGGCAUCUGAUUACGCAAAUCAAUCCAACACAACUGGCUGGGGAGAUUGCUAAAGUUCUUGCGGCGCCUAUACCAACUCAUAUCAAUUCUAAACUUUGA